CAGCGUCGCCCGAAAGCUGAAAAGCUGGCCAGCACAAUGGGAAAAAAACAGAACAAGAAGAAAGUGGAAGAGGUCCUAGAGGAAGAGGAGGAGGAAUAUGUGGUGGAGAAGGUCCUGGAUCGGCGGGUGGUGAAGGGAAAGGUGGAAUAUCUGCUCAAGUGGAAAGGAUUCUCGGACGAGGACAACACCUGGGAGCCCGAGGAGAACCUGGACUGCCCCGACCUCAUCGCAGAAUUCCUGCAAUCCCAGAAAACCGCCCACGAGAGCGAGAAAUCCGAGGGCAGCAAACGCAAAGCGGAGUCGGACACGGAGGACAAGGGGGAGGAGAGCAAACCAAAGAAGAAGAAGGAGGAGGUGAGGCAGGGUGGGCAUGCUGGGCUCACCCCCCUGCCCCUGGCACAGUGGCUGAUCCCUGGAAAGGUCGCUCCAAGCUGGUUUUCCCAAGGAAUGGGAGCUUUGAUUGCCAAAGGAAGGCAGCUUUGGAAAAACUCCGACGAGGCCGACCUGGUGCCCGCCAAGGAGGCCAACAUCAACUGCCCGCAGGUGGUGAUCUCCUUCUACGAGGAGAGGUUGACAUGGCACUCCUACCCCUCCGAGGACGACGACAAGAAGGAGGACAAGAACUAAAGCCCUCUCUCCCCGCUCUUUGGGCAGCCUUUGGUGGAAAGCUGCGGCCUGUGGGUGUGAGCAGGAGGGGAUUGGAGGCGGCUCUGCUCGGGUGGGACGUGGAGACGGCCGGAGAAGGUGCCCUUUGAAGAGACCAGUAUGGUUUCUGUGCCCCUGCAGCUGCUCCAGCGCUUCGUGCAGCUUCCCUGCUGUGUCCAGAUUCCAACCAGCCCGGCUCAAUUCGGAGGGGGAGGGAAAAACAAGGGGGGGUAUCGGAGGGUCGGGAGGAGGGGAGGGGGAUUUUUGGGGAGGGAGGGGGGUGCGUGGGAGGGGUUGUUGUUUCCCAGCAGCUCGUGGGGAGUGGAAGCAAAGCCCCUUCCAUGAAGGACUCUCACUGGGAUGGGUGGGCUGGGGAUGCAGGGGGUGCAGGUGGAUACUGCUUCAUCUUCAAAGACCAUCUCAGCAACCCACGGCCUUCUUCCCACUAGUGUUAACUCUGCAGUUUUAAGGCGUAGCAUGUGUGUAGGUCUCUCUCUCUUUUAUUUUAUUUUCUUUGAUUUUCUCCUUUUUUUUUUUUCCUUUUUGUUUUCUUUUACUGUUUACCGGUGUAAAGGUUCUUUUGGGAGGGGUGGGAGGGACGUGGGGAAAUCAGUCUCGUCCACUGGGGAGGGAGAUGUGAGGUCUGGUGACAACGUUCCAGAUCGUUUCCAGAUCUUCUCUUUGUUGUUUUUUUUUUUGUUUGUUUGUUUGUGUGUUUGGGGUUUUGGUUGGUUUUUUUUUUUUUUUUUUUUUUUUUUUU